CCUGUGUCUUCUGUUAGACAAUCUGUAUGUGCUGGAUUAGACUUAAAUUAUAUUUCUGUCCGUACUUAUCAUUCAAGGUGACUUUCUCUGUACUUUCUUGUAUAGAUCUGAAUGAGCCUUGAGAAUUGUUCUAUUAAAGACUAAGUGCUGCAACAAGUUUUCAUCAUCAUCUUCAUACUCUUCAAUUCAACCACAUAGAGAAGGAUUGAUAAGAAGUUAAGACUGUUAGGUAUUACAAUUAACUUCAUAUUCUGCUGUUAGAUAUACAAUUUAAGUUUAAUGGCAACUUUGAGCUUGAAUUUCAAUGCUCUGAGAGAUUUACAAGAUUGUGCCAAUGGUAUCCUUAGUUUACCAGUAACCAGACAAGCAAUCAUCUGCAACCGAAAAGAAAAAUGGGUUGAUGAGGUAUCUGAAGGAUCUCUAAGAAUGUUAGAUUUGUGCGGAAUAACCAGGGAUGUUAUGUUGCUAGCAAAACAACAUCUGCAAGAUUUACAAUCUGCUUUACGGAGAAGAACUGUAGGUGAAUCUUCUUUCUCAUCUAGCUUGGAUAACAAUUACGAAAAUGUCACCGGUGGUUGUGAUACCUCUGUUGUGAAGAAGAUGAAGAAAGGGCUUUUCAAGUGUCUAGAAGGUUUGAAAGGCAUGAAAUGUGAUCCAUUUUCAUUAUCAUCAUCUUCCCUUUCACACGUAGACCCUAAUCUAUUGGUAGUAGUAAAUGUGCUUAGGGAAGUGAGGAUGGCAACUAUAUCAGUUGUUGAAUCGAUUUUGUCUUUGAUGUCUACACCUAAGGCAAAACCAAUAAUUAACAAGAAAUCUUUCAUUUCGAAGUUAAUGCGAGUUAAACGAGUUGCCAAUGUGUUCGAAGAUGAGGAUGAAGGGGUGGAUGCAGAUACCUUUUUUGCCCUUCACGAAUACAAUUUCUGUGAGAAAGUGUCUGAAAUUCAAACUGCAAUCAAGAGGUUAGAAGUGUUGGAAGGUGCCAUUGAAGGUCUUGAAGUUGAAUUGGAGUGCAUGUUUAGACGUUUAAUUCAAACUAGGGUUUCAUUGCUCAAUAUACUUAACCACUAAAAAUAGAUUUAGUUUCAGAGAUUUGUUCAUUUCUAGUACACCUCUCACUGACAUCCACAUAUUAAUUGAGGAAAUUCUUUACUUA